GUGGCGUUCUUCUGAUGUUUAUGUUAAUUAUUUAUAGGAGAUCAAUCUAUUGAUCUGGUGAAAGCCGCCUCUGAGGGACUGUCAGUGGGCCGAGGGGAGGGCCAGUAGGGUGCAUUAUUCAAGUUAAUCGUAUCUUCUCACUGUCUCUCAUUAUGUUCUAUGAUCCCCAGGUUGUGACAACAUUUAAUUACACUUUUGAUUGUUAAUUAAUUAUACCGUUUAGUUAAACCAUUCCGUAAUACACAGGAAUUCAUAGUUUAGAGUAGCCCUUGUUUCCAAUAGCUAGGCCUCGAUACCAUAGUUUCUACGUAGCCUCGACAGGGUGCUUUGUACUGCAGUUUUAAUUUGGCACAGGCUCGAAUCAAUGAACAGAUAAAUUUAUGGUUUAAGCCAUAACAUUCCCUCUUAAGACUUACGGUACCCAAUUAGCUAAACUACUACUACUCUAUGAAUUAGGUACUAGCUACUAAAUACUAAUAAAAAUUUUGAACACCCUUUGACAAGGGUACCCUGUACAGUAGGCCUAGACAUACGAUAUGAUGGUUACCAUUUGUCAGGAUAAACCAAAGCUACAGGAGCUCGAGGCUGUUUCCAGUCUGGCGAUAUUAGCUAAUAAUGACUUUUUGUAAAACCAUGCUUUGGGCUACAUGGGAAGCUUAAGUUAAUAUGAGACUGGUUUGGAAUUGUACAGUAGUGAUGUAGGCGUAGAAGAAAGCAGGAACAUUGUUAGCUAUGUUUUAACUAUUCUUUUCAGUAUUGCUGUCCAUUUUUUUUAUCCUCUGAAAUCUACAUUACAUUUGUUAAUUUUAUUUGUACGUUAGACCAAUAAUUGUAGUGUUUCCCUUAUUUCCUUUUGACUUAUGUCAAGAUUUUUGUACAAAGUAAUUCCAUUUAGCUAGGUAGUGUUUGCAGCCUGCACCUUGUACAGUGGUUAUGAUGCAGUAAUUUCUGUCAUGAUUUAAUCUCCAAUUUUGUAUAUUGUACGGUGACUGCAGUUUUAAAUUUGAAGAUCUUUUUAGUUUUGUUGAACAUAUUUUACUUAACCUUUUAAAUGGCUUCCUUGUUGAAUGAUUUUGGUGGUGUAGAAAACAAACCGUUCACAAUUCUUCCAAGUUGGGCAGUACCUAUUUACUGAAUAUUAUUGUGCAGUACAUUUUAUUUUCCAUUUUAGCAAUGAAUAGACUGUAGCUAUUUAUAUUUGCAUCACAGUUAAUUUUGUCAUGAUUUGACAUAAUGAAAGAGGAAUUUAGGUUUUCUGGUUUUAAAGCUGUAAUAUUUUUGGAUAUGACCUACUCUGGUUGAGAAGAGUUUUUCUAGAAGCUUCUUUUUUAUAGAGAUUGUUGUUAUUUUAGUUUUUGUUUGUAGUUUAUGCGUCAGGCAUCAUUGCUAAUUCUUGAAUCUAACCAGGCACCUGUUCCCAUGGGGGUGAUCCCAUAUCAGACACUUGGCCCCAUGUCAGUCUCCCAGUCAUCAGAACUGUGUUGGUGCGGUGUGGAGAUAACCAAAGAGCAAAUGUUUUGUGUGAGACUCAAAGAUAAUUACUGUUUGAUGUUGUUGGUGUUGUCAUUAAAGAUGAUUACCUCUCUCCAGUGUGUGGUCAGCAGUGCUUUUUUCAGUUUUCUUUCUCUCAAUACUUGUUUGACAUGAUGUGUAGAAUAGUUUAACUUCAGUGUUGUUACUGGCUUUGAAGUGUUACUCUACAUAUCAGUUAUAGCUUUACUUUUCUUGAAUGAUAUGUCUUCUUUUCAACUGAGCUCUGAUAUUAUCUGUAAAUGUAUUAAGCAAUGAUUUUCAGUUGCUGAAUUACCUGUCAGCUUGUAUGAAAUUAAAUGCAGAGAUAAUGUACAACAAUGACAUGGAAUGAAUAAUGCAAACAUAGGACAGGACACAUUUGAAAUUUACUUUGAAAGAUACUAAGCUGUUGGUUGAGGUGCAAACAGUUGUAAUCUUGUAUGAUUGUCCUUGUUAUGGUGUACUGCCUACUUGUAAUGCAAAUAAAUACUUCAUUGUUGUGCUUUAUUGGCAGUAUUUGAGAGAAUUUUUCCAUUGCUCCUCCCUGUUGCUGCCAAGAUGAUUGCUCAACUAGUGUCUUGUUUGAGUACCUCACCUGCUGUUGUAUUGAUAGUUAUUCUCAUCUCUUUAGUGGUGCUCUAUUUGCAUAACCUAUACAAAUUUUGGGAGAACCGUGGAGUUAGGGGUCCCAAACCAGUAUGGUUUAUAGGGAAUAUGUACGCAAGGCUACGAGCCACUCAUUCAAUGGCUGAAUUUGAUCAGAUGCUGUAUGAGAAAUAUGGAGGGAAAAAAUAUUGUGGCUAUUUUGAAUUUACUCAGCCUUGUCUAAUGGUUGGUGACCCCGAAAUCCUCAAGCACGUUGAUCUGAAGGACUUUGAUCAUUUUACGGAUAGAAGCUUUGUAACGUUCAACGAACCAGUGAUGGACCAUAUGCUAUUAGGCUUAAAAGGUGCAUUUUGGAAAGCUGUUCGGUCAGUUAUGACUCCAACAUUUAGCUCAGGCAAGAUCAAGCAGACUCUACAACUUGUCAAGGAUUGUGCCAAGAAUCUUUGUGUUUAUUUUGAUAAAGAGCUUGAUAAAAGAUCAUCAGUAUUUGAGAUGAAAGAAGUGUAUGGGAAAUUCACCAUGGACACUAUUGCCAGUAUUGCUUUUGGUGUGAACAGUGAUUCGCUCAACAAUACUCAGGAUGAGUUUUCUGCAGCAGCUGCCCGAUUUUUCAAGCCUCCCGCUAAGUGGAAGAGGCCUUUAAUGUUCUUCCAGUUCCUUUGGCCUCAUAUUGCUAAAAGACUUCAUCUCAAUGUUGUUGAUAGGACACCAAUUCAUUUCUUCACAAAGGUUGUAUCUGACACAAUGAAGUAUCGCCUAGAAAAUAAUCUUCGAAGAAAUGAUUUUCUGCAACUUUUGUUGGAUGCAUCAUUGCAGGAACAAACAAACAAUAACAAAGGCAUUGAUAAUUCAACUAUUUCAUCAAAGAAACCUGCAAACCAAGUUUUAACAGAGCUAGUAAUAACAGCUCAGUGUGUGCUGUUUUAUAUUGCUGGGUAUGAUACCACUGCAACUACUCUCAGCUUUUUAUCUUACUGUUUGGCACUUCAUCCAGACAUCCAGCAAAAAUGCAUGCAAGAAAUUGAGAGUGUUUUAGAGAGGCACAAUGGAGAGAUUACAUAUGAGUCACUUCAAGAAAUGACUUAUCUUGAUAUGGUAUUUGCAGAAACGCUGCGAUUGUAUCCACCAGCACCACGCGUUGAUCGUAGAGUAACAAAAGAUUUCACUCUACCUGGCACAGAUUUUACUCUUUGUAAGGGUCAGAAAGUAACCAUUCCCAUAUAUAGUAUUCACCGAGAUCCUCAGCAUUACCCAAAUCCAGAAAAGUUUGAUCCUGAGCGUUUUUCUCCUGAAAAUAAAGUCAGUCGGUCACAAAUGGUGUAUCUCCCUUUUGGGAGUGGCCCCCGAAAUUGCAUAGGUAUGCGUUUUGCUUUGAUGGAAGCAAAAGUAGCAGUAGUGUAUUUGCUUCAAGAUUUUGCUUUCAUACCAAGCAAGAAAACUCAGGUGCCAAUAGUUAUUGAAAAAAGAAGUGGACUCUUAAAGGCACAAGAUGGGGUAUGGGUAAGGUUAGCAAAGAGAACCUGAGGUACUGCAUAUUUACCCUUUUGUAAACAUCCCAAUACGUAUACUUAUAGUUAUACAUCGAGGAAGAAGAGGUUAAAGUAGAUGACCAGAGUUUCAUAUCACAUAGAUGAUAUGAAAUUAUGUAUGUUGUAAGUAUGAUUUUCCUUUUGUCAAGCAAUAACAUUGAUAUAUAGUACAUAGUAAGAAAUGGCUGACUUGAAUAUUGUGAACUGAUAGUAAUUCAUGCAUAUGUUAACUAGGUAAAUGUAUUCUUCCUUCCUUAAACCUUUAACAUAUGAAUAUUGAAUUAUCUCUGAUGAGUUCAUUAGUAUUGAUAGAAUGGAUGAGUAUGAAGGACUUCAGCUAAAAAAAAAUAUUUUGAUUUUCCAGCUUAUACAGUAGCUAUUAAUUGAACUAGUGCAUAUAGAGUUUUUCACUCACAAAUAAAGAGAUUUUGUGCAGAUUACUAUUAUAAAUACAAUAGUGUCAGAAUCAGCAUUAUUACAGACUGUACUAUUUUGUACUGUACAUUAACUGUUAGAAGUAUAUUAAUUUUUUGAAAUGAAAAAUAGUAAAUAGAUGUUUUCAAAAUGUACAAAUGUUUGUUAUAGUUUGUUGCAAGGUUUGGUGCUGUAAUUAGGUAGAGCCUUAAGAAAUGAUAAUUGGCAGAAAAAAGUAAUGUGACACUUAUGAAUAUUUUGUUGUCCUGCAGUUAAUUUAAAACUACACAAUAUUCUUUUUAUCUCUUUUAUGGUGUCAAUUGUUGAUUUAUGGUUGAGUGAUUUUUAUUUGGAGAUAUAUUUUAUUAUAGUAUAGGCAAUGCAGAAUUUUUAUUUCUUAAAAGUUAAGAGAUGGCUUAUCACUGGUAAGAUGCAGAGUGCUAGAGGUCUGAAGGUGUUAAAAAUUUGUGGCUUUUAAGUUUAAUUAAGUUUAAUUUAAUUUAUAGUGGACAUAAGUAUGUUUAUUGUUGGUAUAGCAAAGUAUAGGUAUAUAUCAAUAUAUUUUCUAACUCUUAAAAUGUACUAAUUAUUUUUGUCAAAAUUAAUAGUAAAGCAAGAUAUUUAAGUUGAAGUGACUCAGCAAAGAAGCAGCCUUAGUGCUUGAUUGAAUUCUCUGCUCUUAUUACCUCUCAUCUUUUCAUCAAAUUCAGUAUUUAUUCAUGCAUUUUGAUUACCUUCAGUAAAUAUUUGACCUCCAAGUUCUGGAUAUUUCUUCUCAUUGAUAUUCUGGCUGUGUUCUGCAGUUCAUUGGUUGUCUCUUAGAUCUUCAAGUAUUUUUUCUCAUAUCAUAUGAACAAAGAAACAAGAUCGUGGGGUUCUCUUAUCCCUCAAUCUGUGUUGGAGAAGCUCAGUGUUCUAGCAGACACAUGGAGCUGCUCUCAGGAAGUUCUUGGGGAUUGAAUGGAGAUGUUGACGGAAGUUCCAGUAUUCCUUCCAGAGAGGAAAGAUCGUCUCAGACAGUCUAAUUUCCAUUUCUUCCAACGGAACCUCUGCGUGCUGAAGUUGGCUGCCUGGAGACUGUCCGAGCAGUUCGCCAUUCGGGACUCUCUAAUGCAGUGGCGGCCAACUGUCUUUCUGUCUGAGAAGAUCAACUAGGAAACUAUUCUUCACUAGGUUGGCUAUGUCAUUGCCGGAAAGAUGGACAUAGCAUUGGUUGCGAAAGUGGCAGAUUUCCUCUUAUUUUUAAGGAAGAAAGAACUUGACGUAUUCUACGGUUGCUGGGUAUAGGUAGAGGCUCAGUAACAUGUUCAGGUUUCACCUGCCGGAGCUUUCAGCCAGUAGAAUUGGCACGAUCUAUUAAGAUCUUUUAGAAUAGAACAUUUAGUUUUCCACUUCGGGCCCCCUCGUGGGAUUUAGUGACUAUUUUGAGGCUGUUGAGCUCUUCAUCUUUCGAGCCUUUGGAGUCAUUAUUCUUAAGGGAGCUAACCAAGAAGGUGUUAUUUUCAGUUGCUCUGGCUACUGCAAGUAGAAGUAGUGAGAUUCAGGCAGUGGCAAGGACGGUAUCUUUUUCGGGGUAGGAUAUUUUUCUUUCUUACUGGCUAGAAUUGGUUGCAAAGUCUGAGUCUGAAAUGUAUCUUCUUCCUAGAUUGUUUUAAGUUUCAUCGUUGGAUGAUUUUGUAGGAGGUGACAGAUCUGGAAUGCUGCUAUGUCUGAUCCGAGCUCUCAAAGUUUAUUUGUGAUGUACUGAGAAACUUUUACCUUGUCUGAGGACCUUAUUUGUUUUCUCCUAGUUGUCCAUCUCAUUCUAUUGCCAAAAAUGCAAUUAGUUUCUUCUUACGAGAGGUUAUAAGUCGAGUGUCGGAGGGUUCUUCAUCGCUUUAGGAGCCUUUGAAUUCUUCCUUGAGUCCAAGGGUGCAUAAUAUCAGGAGGAUGGCUAUUUCUUUGGCUUUCUUGAGGAAAUUUUUGGUCGUCGAUUUUGGUGGCGGUUACUUGAAAGUCAGUGUCAGUUGUCACGAUGUUCUACCUUACGGAUAUUCAGUUUUCUUCAGAGAAGGGUUACUUGCUGGGUCCUUUGGUUGUGGCCAACUCAAUUUUAUAAUUAGCUUUGAAUUGUUAGGCUGUUAGGGGUUUAUGUAGUCAGGGUUCUUAUCGAGUGUAUAUUUUUUAGAUCUUUUAGGUUAGGGAGAUCCCGAUGGUCAUGUUGGAAUAUCUUCAACUUCUGCUCAGUCACCUGUGUCAGUGAGCAAUAGAGAACUCAGAGGUCCUGCAGACUCAACUUCUCCUCCAGAUAUGAGAGGCUGGAUAGCCACAUGGGAGGUUUGACACUCCCCUUCAUACAUGAGAGGUAUAGAAUACCACAUGGGAGGUGCUUCUGGCUCAGAUGGUACCUUAGAAAUGAGACUGACGUUGAGGUACUCUCUCUGCAAGCAUCCUCACCUACCGAGUUAGACAACUAGGUGAGGAGACACUGAGUUAGACAACCAGGUGAGGAGACACUCAUUUACACAUAGUUACCUGCUUGUGCUCCGUUAAAUUAGAUUGAUCCCACCUCCAUUAAAUUGUGUUAUUUGGGUUAGUUCAGGUGUUCAGGGAGUGUAUUGUAAAAUGAAGUUUUCAUAUAAAAACUAAUAUUGUAAUACUUACCUGAACACCUGAAGGAUUCCCACCCACCUCCCCAC